GCUACCCGGAGAUGCGGAAGGGGAAGAGUGCGGUGACCGCGGCUACGAGGGCUGCCGAUUGGAGGAGCUGCUAGCAUCUCCAGACACAGAAAGACGAUAUCCUUUCAUGAUUUGGCUGGAGAGUUGGUCGCUGGCCUCGCAACAGGCACCGCGCUUGGUGACCAAAUUUCUGGGAGUGGGUGGUCCACUGGCGCUGCUCACCAACAAAGCAAAGCUUCCCAAUGGCUCUUUGGGAUA